UUGCCAGCUCACUAUGUGUAAAAUACACCCACCGUGCUGUUGUGAUCACUGGAGGACUCCUUGCAUUUUCAGGAAUGGCCCUGGGAUGUCUUGGGCUCAACAUGAUCUGGAUGUAUGCAACAACUGGCUUCCUACAAGGACUUGGGAUUUCCUUUUCAUGGACACCAGCCAUCAGCAUUGUUAGCCAUUAUUUUUCCAAGAAAAGAGCUCUGGCCAAUGCUAUUGCCAGUGCUGGAGAAUGCGUGUUUGCAUUUACAUUUGGGCCAUUUUUCCAGUGGCUGAUUGGUCAGUAUGGAUGGAAAGGUGCCCUCUUGAUCAUAGGUGGCACCCAACUCAACAUCUGUGUCUGUGGAAUACUGAUGCGACCCCUGACAAGCAGCUUCCACCCUGAGGUGAGCCAUCCUGAACCAACACCUGGCAGUGGUGCAUCUAAGACAGACAAAGAAGGGAAGUCUAUCAUCACACACAGAACCUUCAACUGGAUGCUUCUGAGGAGAGCAGAAUUUGUGCUCUAUGCCAUGUUUGGCAUACUAGCUGCAAUGAGUUUCUUUGUUCCUCCGUUAUUUUUAGUUCCACUAAGCUACAGCCUGGGAAUAGAAACUAUUCACUUACUGACAAUGACAAUCACCUUGAUCAGUACUUCCUUGAUGCUUCUGCCACUGGCUAACAACUACCUGUCCUUGGCAAUAUUCACUGGCUUCUAUGGAUUCUUCUUUGGCACAACAGUUGCUGUUCACAUUACAGUGCUAGCAGAAGUUGUGGGCAUGUCAGAUUUUGACAGUGCUUUAGGGCUUUUCAUGCUUAUUCGAAGCACUGGAGGAUUUCUGGGGCCUCCUCUUGCUGGUCUGAUUGUGGACAUGGCUGGAGACUACAGAGCAGGCUUCUACAUGGCAGGAGCCACUCUCAUCCUAGCAGCUGUAUUUUUAGUUGUUUUAGAUCAAUUUCAACAAAGAAGUGAAAAAGGAAACCAUACUAGUACUAAAUCGGAAAAAUUAUCAUUACCUUACACUUCCUUCCAUUUUCUGAAACUUCAGAAAAGAAGGUACCAAGACCAUGAUGUAGUGGUGUGAUUACACUGGAUAUCAUGCAACUUCCUGAAAAUCAAUAUUAGGAUAUUAGGAUUCUUUUUAAUAGUGGGUGUUUUGAGUAGGACUGCGUAAAACAGAGGAAGAAAGUCGCUAGUUCACAAGCAAAUAACACCUAUAACCACUGCCACAAUGUUAUUUUGAUGUUGCAGCUGCGUUUUGACUUUACAAGUCUUCAACGCAGCCCCACAAGGCUGUGAUAGAGAGGCUAUGAUCUAAACAAAAUUACCACGAAGCUUUUUGCAGCAGGCAGAAACCUUCCCCUCGAAAUACAGGCCACAGCAUUCACUUUCAAAUAGAAAAAGACACCAGCUCACAGAUGUUUAGCCUGGAGAAGCAGUAUUCAGAGUGAUCAUUGAACAGACUGGAUAUAAAACCAGGAGUACAUGAAUUUAGCUUUGAGAUAAUAGCUUACACUUAUUCUACAGAGCAGGCCUGGAAUCUAAACAAACAUCGUAAAUGGAGAAAAUCACAUCAAUUAUGUAAUUCAGCAAAGAGAAAUGUAGUCCUAAGUAUCUGAAGCAGUAAGAAAAGUGCACUUACAUAAAAUGGAGAAGGACUGACAAUUAAUUAACAGUAGAACACCUGAAAUUAUGGUGGACUUCAAACAAAACAAGACUCUCAAAUAUAACAGUAUAUUAAAACUAAUAAAUAUUUCUUUGUGCAAUAGUAUGAUAACUGAGAGAACAAUGCUUGCAAGGCUUUAACUAGAAGGGGUGCAUAAAAUGCAGAGGUUGAAGUGUAACAAGAAUGAUAAGUAUUAAAAAUAAAGUGCCAGAAGAAAAAGUCUGUCCAAUUUAAAAAACAAAAUCUUAUACUGAAAAUUAAAACAGUCUUCAAAUCUGUAAUAGGUUGAGAUAUGGUAGGCACAAUUAUUUCAUUUUCUUGUAUAGACAAUUAGAAAUUGAUAUAAGGGGAGGUUUAGGUUAGAUAUUAGGAGGAAGUUUUUCACACAGAGGGUGGUGACGCACUGGAACAGGUUGCUCAAGGAGGCUGUGGAUGCCCCAUCC